GUGGCUGCAACGUCAUCUGGAAGGGAAGCAAAAAAAACAAACACGGAAUUUCGACGGCUCAACCCUUGUCUUUAGCUCUCUCAAACAGCGUCUGGCGACAUGCUCGGAUGCUGGCUUGUUAAUGCGUCAGUCUGUCCAAUCGCGUGACCGAUCACGGCGCGGGAAUGAUGUCCUCAACGAACGAGGAGGAUCCGUUCCUCCAGGUGCAGCAGGACGUCCUUACCCAGCUCCAGACGGCCCGUUCCCUCUUCACCUCCUACCUGCGAAUCCGCUCCCUCGCGACAUCCCCGACGUCGCCGGAACUCGCCUCGGCACGGUCCGACCUCGAGUCCUCCAUCGCCUCGCUCGCCGAGGACCUCGCCGACCUCGUCGAGUCCGUCCGGGUGGCUGAGUCCGACCCGGCGCAGUAUGGACUCUCGGCCGCCGAGGUCGCGCGUCGCAAGCGCCUCGUGCAGGAGGUCGGCGGCGAGGUGGACGAUAUGCGCGAGGAGCUGGCCAAGGUUUCCUCUUCUGGCACGGCAGCCGCCACGCGCCGCGGUCAGAAAGGCACGGUUGGAGGAGGAGGAGGAGGAGGAGGGAGCGGUGCCGACGACCUCCCAGACCCGUCGUCCUUUGCCAUUCCUGACGGGGAGACCGACGGCACCGGGGGUAUCAAUGACUACGCAGCCGAGUUUGAACGCGAGCAGCAGGCUGUCCUGAUGCGAGAGCAGGACGAGCACUUGGAUGGAGUCUUACAGACCGUGGGAAAUCUGCGAAGGCAGGCCGGCGACAUGGGACGGGAGCUGGACGAGCAGGUGGAGAUGCUCGAGGUCGUGGACCAUCUCGCCAACCGUGUCGAGGGCAGGUUGCAAACCGGAAUGGAGAAACUGAAGUACGUAAUACGGAGGAACGAGGAUCGGUUGAGCAGUUGCUGUAUAGGGGUUCUGAUCGUGGUUUUGAUAAUUUUGUUGAUAUUGCUCCUGGUAUUAUAGGGGUCUGGGUAUGGUUGGCUACCGGAUUGGUGCACGAGGCUUGUUGGGGCAUACCGUUUACGGUUGGAGUGUAGACAGACGA